AUGAGACUACUUGCUUGGAAUUGCAGGGGUAUUGCCCGAUCCACUGCAAUCAGAUCUCUUAGGGCAAAAAUCAGGAUCUAUAAUCCUGAUGUUAUUUUCCUUUCUGAAACUUUAUUAUCCUCUUGUGAAAAUGCUAGUAUUGUUAAUAGGCUUGGUUUCACGUUUUUUGUUCACUCCCCACCGACUAAGAAAUGGGGAGGUCUUUUGCUUCUGUAUCGUCCUGGUUUCGAUAUAGAACUUGUGAAUAUUUCUGCUAAUAUGAUAUCUGCUUUAGUCUACUCGGAUCCUGUUCAUGUACCUUGGCUUUUAAAUCUUGUAUAUUGUCCUGCCGCUGUUAAUCAAAAGCAAUGGUUCUGGGAUAUGCUUAGUCAAACCACAGAUUCCUUCUCCGGGCCCUCUCUUGCAAUUGGCGAUUUCAAUUACAUUCUGUCUCAAUCUGAAAAAUUUGGUGGUAAAAGUUUCGCUCAAUCAUCCACUUUAAAAGGUCUUCCUCUUUUCAUGAAUAGGUUCGGAUUUGUGGAUAUUGGUUUUAAUGGUCCAAAAUAUACUUGGUCAAACAAGAGGGCUGGCUUUAAUCUCAUUAAAGAACGUCUUGAUAGAGGAAUAGCCAAUUUAGAGUGGAUUGAGUUGUUUCCUAAUGCUUUCAUCACCACACUCACUCGUGAUUCCUCGGAUCAUGCUCCAAUCCUGUUGGACACUUCAAAAAAUCAUCAAUCCAACAAAUCCUUUAAAUUUGAAGAAUUUUGGCUUAGAGAUCCCUCUAUCUUCAUUACUAUUAAAAAAGCCUGGUCUCAAGGUUUCAUUGGCACUCCUUCUUUUAUCCCGUCAAAGAAACUAAAAAAUACCAAAAAAGCCCUUCGGGAUUGGAAUUUAAAAAAUUUUGGUCACAUUCAAGCCCAAAUCAAACACCUUUCUGAUAUUCUUUCCUCUAUUCAAGAUCAAGACCUUCCUCCUUCCUCCUUGUCUUUGGAAAUGGACCUCCAAACAAAUCUUCAAGAACUCCUCAUUAGGGAAGAAACUCUUUGGCGUCAAAAAUCUAGAGUGACUUGGCUUACUACGACGGAUUUAAAUACCAAAUUUUUCCAUGCUUCUACUGUGAUCAGACGUAGAAGGAAUAUGAUUGACUGUUUGAAGACGGGCAGAAAUCAAUGGUCUACUGACCCGUCCAUUAUUGCAACAACCAUCCAAGAUCAUUUUCAAAAAAUUUUCACCUCCUCCAAUCCUUCUCCGUCUGUCAACAUGGAUCAUCUUUUUCCAAGGAAAAUUACUGAUGUUGAAAAUGAUUAUCUCUGUCACAUCCCUACUGAUGAAGAAAUUUUCCUUGUAGUUAAAGCCCUUCCCUCCUCCAAAGCCCCUGGUCCGGACGGGUUCACAGGACUCUUUUAUAAAAAAAUUCUGGGAAAUUAUCAAACUAGAUGUCCUGGCCACUGUUAA